AUGCGCAUCUUAACCUUGCCCUCUCGCUUUUUUGCAUUGUCUCUAUACAUCCUACUUCCUCUAUAUAUCGCCAUACGUAGCUCCUCUUCGCUAUCCGACAUCGCAUCCACCCUCUCAUCUCUUUCCGAGCGCGUGGAAGCCCUCCGUGAAGAGCUCAGCACCUCUCCGCUCUCCGCCUCGAGCUCGCCAGCCUCCAAGAAUUACGAGGGCUUCCAAAUAGAGCCAAAGCCGCCCAAGACCGUGAAGGCGGCACCAAAGGGUUACACAAAUAAAACGAGGCAACCCUCUCUGCCCGAUGGACUGGCGCACAGCAUCGCCUCAUUCGAGCAGUACCGAUUCGUUGCCGAGCAAGUGCUCCAGCGCAAGCACGCACGAUACGCCAGACAGACUCCUUGGCAGAAGUCGCUGAGCGACAGGCUCGGGUACAGCUCACACUUUGAGAAAGCACGAGAAGGCAUCGCCGUCAACGCCCAGCUGUCAGAGCGGAUUGCGCAGAUUUCGAGAGAGCACUACCGUACCGGCCCUCAACCGCUAGAGGGCGAGGAAGAUGCCGAUUUCGGCGUCGUGGACCUGGCGUUCGGACAUGUCUCACGCGACUGGAGCGCACAGGGCGCAAAGGAGAGAGAGGCCGUGUUCCCUCCCGUCCUGGCUGAGCUUCGACGGCGCAUCGAUCCCGGAGGGAGUCGGAACAAGGUUCUCGUGCCGGGUAGCGGGCUGGGCAGGCUGGCAAGCGACAUUGCAGAUCUCGGCUACGACGUCACAGCAAACGAGCUGGACUACGGGUCCAUCCUAGCCCACCAUCUCCUGACAAACCAUACCACCUCGCUGAACCAGCACACCUUCCACCCAUUCGUGACCAAGUGGACGUACCAGGCAAAUCCGACCGCGCGCUACUCGGCCUUGACGGUGCCGGAUCACUGGCCCAACAAGUCUGUCAAGCUUAUCGAGGGUGACUUCUUGACCGCGUUCCCCCAGGACGGCGAGUUCGAUGCUGUGGUCACGCUCUUCUUCAUUGACAUCUCGGACAAUGUCAUUGACUUUCUGAGCAACAUUCAUCGGUUGCUGAAGCCCGGUGGCGUGUGGAUCAACCUGGGACUCACGCAGUUCUGGUCGGCGACAAAGAAGACGUAA